UAUUUUAACAUUAAAAGCAGCAGGUGCGUUCUUCUAUAUCUCAUCCACAUUCAUCGUCUCCACCGGGACUGCGUUACUUGCGCUUUAACUCCCUCGCCAUUGAAGCUGAUAAACUUUUCCAAACGCAGCGUCAUUCCCGCUAGCUGACCAGACCAGUCUCCCGAGAUUGAAACCCUGAGAGCAAAAUGAUACGGCUGCUUGUCGUACAAGCCGUUCUUAACACUGAGAGGGGGCUCCAAUCCGACGUUUUGAAAGAGUUCGUCGACGAAAACUUCGAAUACGCCAUUCUCUCUCAUCGCUGGGGAGAGGAAGUCAGCUAUGAUGAGAUGAUCAAACUGAAUACCAUGACGCAAGAGGAGAGGAUCACAGUUACGGAGCGCCAAGGCUACUGCAAGAUUGUCCAGAGCUGCAAGCAGGCUAAGAAGGACGGCUUCAGACUGCUGUGGGUUGAUACGUGCUGUAUCGACAGGCGCAGCAGUGCGGAACUAUCCGAGGCGAUCCGCUCGAUGUAUCGGUGGUACGAAAACUCGAAGAAGUGUUACGCGUACCUCCACGACGUCAAAAAGUCAACAUUUCCUACAAAACAGGAUAUUGCGAGCUACAAAGAUUCCAAUGGAUGGCCUGAGUGGUUCUCGCGCGGUUGGACACUCCAGGAGCUGAUAGCCCCUAAAGACGUUCAGUUCUUCAAUAUGGAUUGGGUGCCUCUGGGCAGAAAGCAAAACCAUGCGUCCACUUUGCAUAAAAUUACACGAAUCCCGGAGAAUGUAUUGAAGGGUGCCUUAUCCCCGGGCCAGGUUUGCGUGGCCCAAGUAAUGUCGUGGGCAGCUGAUCGGAAAACGACUCGGGCUGAGGAUCGGGCAUAUUCCUUGUUGGGGCUAUUUGGGGUAAACAUGCCGAUGCUAUACGGGGAGGGCAGUAAGGCAUUUCAGCGUCUACAGUUGGAAAUCAUCCGGGUAUCGAACGACCAAAGCAUCUUCGCUUGGGACCCUAAUAGCAAAAUCCGGCGGUCUGGAUUGGUCCUGGCAGAUGAUCCGAGCUACUUCAAGGAUUGUCAUGACGUC